AUGGAGAAGGCAAACUCAGCUGUUCAAGGACCUCAACAUGUGAAAUAUAAAUGUGAAGAGGGUGUCUCAGAAGAAGUGUGUGAGGAUGAGCAAGAAACAUAUCUCAGAAUGCACUGGGGCCUCCUUUUGAUGCAUGGUAUAGAGGUUGAUGAAGAGCACUGUAAAUGGAGUUCUGGUCAUCUUGAACAGGAGAGCGUCUGCAUUAACAAGCAAGAGGACUGUGAUUGUGGACCUAUGGAUUUUACAGUAGACUCUGAGCUGUUGUCUUACAUCACUAAUGUGCACAAAAACAAAACUGUCAGCAGCAUAAAGGAAGAAGUCCUCAGUUCUGAGUCAGACAUGCAGUGCUCUUAUCUAGAUGAAGAAGGUCCUGGAUUAGGAUUGACCCCCAGUAGACACUGCCCCCUACAGCAACAAUCUGUCAAUGUGAAGUUGGAAUCUGACAUUAAGAGGGCAGUCAAAGCAUCAGAUCCAAGUCCUUCUGCAGAAGCUUCACAAGCCAGUGGCAGCUCCUUCUUAUCCCCAUUGGCUCAGACAUCUCCUCAGUGCAGAUCUCAACAGACGGUGGAUGAUAAGAAUAUGAAGAACCUGACAUUAGCAUCAGAGACUGGGAUACCUGCCUUUUUGCUGAUUGAUUCUCAGUCGGUGAUGAAACUAAACACAGUACAUGUGAUCACCACUCAAACUCAGAUACCCAAUACGGACCUAACCACAGUCUACCAGAAACAGAGUGAAUGGGUGAAAAGCAAACGUGAAUCUAGGGAUGGUAAUCUCUGUCAAACACAACAGGAGCCAUUUGAGUCUUCUGAAUGUGGCAAGUUGUUCAGUCAAAUGUGCCCCCUUAAAACAUACAGAAUAAUUCACGCUGGAGAGAAGCCAUUUUCCUGUCCAAAAUGUGGAAAAGGAUUUACCACCAUUGGCAACCUUCAUAAACAUGUAAAAAUUCACUCAGGUGAGAAGCCCUAUUGUUGUUCAGAAUGUAGGAAGCAAUUCCGAACAAUGAGCAAUCUUCAGGAGCACAGAAGAAUUCACACUGGAGAGAAGCCUUUUUCCUGUCCAGAAUGUGGAAAUGGAUUUACCACCAUUGGCAGCAUGCAUAAACAUAUAACAAUUCAUACAGGAGAGAAGCCCUAUUGUUGUUCAGAAUGUAGGAAACAAUUCCGAACAAUGGGCAACCUUCAGGAGCACAGAAGAAUUCACACUGGAGAGAAGCCCUAUUGUUGUUCAGAAUGUAGAAAGCGAUUCCGAUCAAUGAGCAAUCUUUAUAGGCACAGAAGAAUUCACACUGGAGAGAAGCCAUAUUAUUGUCCAAAAUGUGGUAUGGGAUUUACCAGCAUUGCCAACCUUCAGAAACACCAAAACAAGUAAAAAUGCACACGGGAGAAAACCAUGUUCUUCUGAUUGUUUUAAACAAUUUGCCGUA